ACGCGUGGCGUGUUAAGCUUGAUAAUUGUACAAAUAAUUCUGUUUAAUGCGGAAGAUGUCCGACAUACACCCAAGACCCGAGACCAAAGAAAAAGCCGCAAGCGGCAUCAGUGCUAGCCAUCGAAGCGAGCCCACUUACGCUCCCCAGCGUGUGGAGGUGUCCGGAGGCAGCAGGCCGGACGAGACUCCCACGGAGGCACAGCAAUUGUCGACCUUUGUGGCCGCGAGCGAUCACCACGUCGAAGGAGUGGUGCUCUGCGUUUUAAUCUCGGAGACCGUCAGCCUGAUGGCCGUUGGCAAGGCCGACAACCUGGUCCACGUGUUCGGGCUGAAGCUCAAUUCGGACGGAGCGGACGCUGACUGGAUCGCUGACGGCGGGUUCAACCUCGUCGGGCACGAAGUGCCGGCCACCCACGGCGCCUUUUCCGACGACCGGCAGUACUUAGUGACCUGGGCGCCGGAUCUGGUGCUGCGCCAGUGGAAUCUGAACUCCCGGAAAUGCACGGGGAUCUAUGCGAACACCCACAGCCACGUCAGCCGCAUUUUGUUUGAGGCCCAUGGCCUCUUCUUCACCACCAUCGAUGAACUGGGCUAUGCCUUCAUCUGGAUGAUAGCCGAUUCGGGCUCCAGCAACGAGUUGCGUUACGUGGACAAAAACUACUACUCGCAUCCCCUGACGGCCUGCGCAUUUCACCCGAAGAUAACCUACCUGGUCACUGGCUCUACUGACGGCAUGGUCCGCAUGUGGAACAUGUCCAUCGGCACCACUGCGGUGCGCACCUUUCUGGGCCACAAAACCACCAUCACCGCCGUGGCCUUCUCGAUCUGCGGCUACUACUUGGUCGCAGGUGCCACCGACGGUCUGCUCAUUGUCUGGAACUUGAAGAGUCAGGUGCUGCUGCGCCGCCUGAGCCACCAUUCGGGAGCAAUCACCUCGAUUGGCUUCUCCCCGAACAACGGCCGUUUGGCGGUGGGGAGCAUGGACACCCAGAUGAGCGUGUGGGACUUUGAGCUCCUCGUGCGGACCACGGUCGCGGGCCGGCCCUCUGCCACGGAGGACAUGCUAGUGGGCACGCGAGCCAGCGAGUGCGGACCCAUCUUCGAGGUGAAGUUCGUCAGCGACUCCCACUUGAUGGCAAUCUGCGUGGACAAGCGCGAGGCGAGCGCGGAGUCCGAAGAAGAUUUGUCCCAGUGCUUUGAGGAAAUGGAGGCUGAGGAGUCGGAGCUGGAGCCAGAGGAAGACGAAUAGAAACGAAGAGACUUCUGAAUAUCUCUUAAGAUGUUAUUUGUAACCAAUAGCUUGAAGCCCCGAAACCACCGAAAGUGAAUCUCAAAUGUUUGUAUUCUGCUAAUUAAAAAUCAGUUGAGAACCUUAAUAAAGUGCCUAAUAAUCCGCUUAA